AUGGCUCGUCCUCGCCACUUUACGGUGGUGAUCAAGUUGGGAACGUCUUCGAUUGUUCACGAGACCACAUAUCAGCCCCUGCUAUCUACUCUAUCCGCGGUGGUAGAGACUGUUGUUCAUCUUCGCGCACAAGGGCACAAGGUAGUACUUGUGAGCUCUGGCGCCAUUGGUGUCGGGUUGAAGCGCAUGGAGCUCGCCCAUAGACCAAAGAGCUUGUCCGGAAAGCAGGCACUUGCUGCAAUCGGUCAAGGCCGAUUGAUUGCCCUAUGGGAUGAUCUUUUUGGACAUCUGGGUCAACCCAUCGCCCAAGUUCUGCUAACACGGGGUGACAUAUCAGAUCGCACUCGCUACUUGAAUGCAGUGAACACCUUUAAGGAGCUGUUGUCCAUGGGUGUCGUUCCGAUCGUCAAUGAGAAUGACACGGUGUCCGUCAGUGAAAUAAAAUUCGGCGACAAUGACACAUUGUCUGCUAUCACCUCAACAAUGGUUCAUGCAGAUUACCUCUUCCUGCUCACCGACGUAGACGGUCUGUAUACGUCCAAUCCCCGUAAAGAUCCCGAUGCAAAGCAAAUCUAUGUCGUCUCUUCCAUCGCUGCAAUCCGGUCUCAAGUUAGCACCAAUACGUUAGGCUCUAAUCUGGGUACCGGUGGGAUGGAGACGAAACUCAUUGCCGCAGAGAUUGCGACAGCAGCUGGAGUUACAACCAUCAUCACAUCCAGCAACGACCCAAAAAAUAUCUUCAAGAUCAUCCAAUAUAACAAUGCCCUUAAAUCAGGAUCUUCCACGCCGAUCGAGCCAUGUUCAGGACAGGCGAGUCCAGUACCUGCGCAAUCUCUAUCUCCUGGUGAUUCAGACACCACCUCCACUGGGUCUGUACCGGUUACGGACCGUCCAACCAUCAGUGGCCUAGUCAGACCGCCACAUACGAUGUUCCUCCCGUCAUCGGCGCCUAUGCGAGACCUUAAGGCGUGGACGAGCCACACGCUGUAUCCAUCGGGGACCGUAAUUAUCGAUAGCGGUGCUCAUCACGUUCUCUCGCGGAGGGAAUCCGGGGGGCGCCUGCUCCCCGCUGGUGUUCUGGGUGUCCGCGGGGCAUUCGCGUCAGGCCAGGCGGUUCGCAUCGUCGUUCGAAAACGGGCUGCGGUGAGCAAAGAAGAGCACGAGGCUUCGCAGCGGUCAUAUUCCGAUGGACUCUCGACGACGGCGCCGAAUACCCCGGUUCUACUCCCCAGGGCAUCCGUGUCCUCAUCGAUAUCAACUCUGCAUGACAUUGAUUUGGAGCCAUGUCUCCCUCCAAUUGACGAGGAGAUGACGCCGUCGACGUCGCUCAAGGUGUUACGGGAGGAUGGUCAGGCGCUGGUUGAGCACCCCGCUGACCAUAGCGUGGAAUGGGAGGUGGAGGAAGUUGGGCGCGGUCUUGCAAACUACAAUUCUGUGCAAAUAGAGAAGGUGAAAGGCCUCAGAAGCUCUUACAUCCCGGAGUUACUGGGCUACGCGGAUUCGGAGUACGUUGUAGAAAACAUCACCAUCCGUGUUCCGCCUCAGUCUUAG